AUGAAAGUUCAGACACAGUAUCCGAACAAGAAGAUAGUCGUAUCAGCCCAACUACAGAGACAAUGUUGUUUGGAGUGGCAAGUAACCAGUUUGAUGUUGAAGCUCUGUCUAAAAGCUCAUCAUCAUCUUCAGCAACUCUUACUGCUUCAUCUUCAGUUACUCUUACAGCCUCAGAGUGUGAAAACGAACUUUCUAAGACAAUUUUUGUUGAACCAUCAUCCCAAAAUGUUCCAAGAAAAAAAAGAAAGAGGAGCUAUUUUGGCGAUUUGUCAAGCAGUGAUUUCUCGACACCAGAGAAGCAAAGGAAAAGUUUUCACGGUAUAAAGAAAAUUGUCAGAAAACAAAAAGUGAGAAUACAUUCUCUUCAAAAUAAGGUCCGUCGUCAAAGGCUUCGAAUAACAUCAUUGAAAAGUUUGGUGUCAUUUUUGAAUGAAAAGUUUCGUUUAUCAGAGGAAUCAGAACACACAUUAUUGGUUGUUUGAAUUGGCAUGUAACCUGAAUGAUGUCAGAGCUCUGUCUAAAAGUUCAUCAUCUCCAGCAACUCUUACUGCUUCAUCUUCAGGUAUCCUCACUGCCUCAUAGUUUGGGGUCUAAGGGUACCCAAAAAUGGUUAUACAUAUUUUUAAACAUAAAAUAUUUCAGCCACACUUCGCUCCUGAUAUGUGGGAGAAGGUGAGAGUUGAUGGAAAAAGGAAGUUGAAACACAAUGCUGUUCCUACAAUAUUUCCUUUCCUAUACAAUACUGAAGCAAUAUUCUUUGAAGAACCAUUAAAUUAUGAAGGUGUUCCUGAUCCGGAGUCAGGUACAGAUACUAGUGUAUCUUAUAAUGAUGUGACUUACAGUGACUAUAGUCACUGUAAUGAAACGAUAGUUGAAGAUCCCCCUGAAAAUAUACCAUUAGAUAGCAGCAAUGAUGGAGGAUGGGCCAAAAAAAAACCGUCAAGAAAAAUAGGACAAUGGAGAAAAAUAACCACCAAACAAUAUAAGAAGUUUGCAAAAUCUACAUGUAGAAAGCUUGCAAGCCAUGAAAGAAAUUUCGAAACACAUUGGAUCACUGGCAGAGAGCAUUAAACUUCUGGCGGAAUCGAAUUUAAGCUUAGUGGAACAAAUGAAAAAAAGAGACAAUUCAUAAUUGUAUAUAUAAAUAAAAUAAAUUAUUUUUCCAAGUCUAAUUGUAUUUCUACCCCAAAUAUCUAUAGAUCUGUUUGUUGUGUUUGCAUGAAAUUUUAAGUGUACCUUUUAUCUCUUCACAUUCAUUUGACGCUAUCGUUAAGCUUAGUCACAGAACAUCAAAUGAGUGUAGUUUAGACCAGAAAUCACUGAGUUAUGUUACACGAUCUACACUAGUGUACAAUAUUGUAUUUAGUGCAGACACAAGGAACAAACCUUAUAUCAUUCUUUUAUUGAUUCUAAAUUAUUUCAAAGUUAUCGUUCAGUGGAAACAUAAACAUGUAUAUAUUUGAAUCAUUUUUCAUACGUAUAUAUAGAUAUAUAUGAUUGGCAAGAAAAUUAUUAUUUACCUAUCUGCUAUUUGUUAACUUUUUUAUUUAUAUUUCACAGAAACUUCAAAUCAAGGGGAAGACAGAGAAGUUGGUGAAACUGAAGGAAUACAAUUCCAAAGUGAUGCUGAGAGGGAAGUAUCAACAGAGAAGAACAGUUGAAGAAUUUUAAGCAGCCUCAGAAAACUUCAGUGAUAAAUAGAAAAAGGUUAACUCAAAAUGAACGUUUUCUAUCAAAAUGUCUGAUUGAUCAGAGUAGAAAACUGAGACUUUCCCAAAAAAAAGUUUCUUCAUAUAAAGAGCGGCUAAAAAAUGCCAAGAAACUCAAUUCAUCAGCAAAUUUCAGUAGACUGAUGAAUUAUGUUUCUCCAACUGCUUUCAAUUUCAUCAUGUCCCAAGUGAGAAAUCAAAAUAUUAAGUCAAGAGGUAGGCGUUUCAAGCUUGAAGACAAAAUUUUGGCGUUAUCACUCUUGAAGGCAAGUAGAAGAGCAUAUCGCUUACUUUAAAAAAUUUUCAUCUUGCCUUCAAGAAAAACAUUAACAAAUGUUUCAAAUAAAGUGCCCAUGAAUCCUGGAAUUAACAAACACUUAUUUGUUGCCUUGAAUCGAACUGUAACAAAAAUGUCGGAAGAAGAAUAGUUUUGUAUUUUGAUGUUCGAUGAGAUGUCCAUCACUACCACGUUGCAGUAUGAUUCAAGGCAGGACAUCGUGAAAGGAAUACCGGAUACUGGGCAUUCUUGGAUGCCGGAUAUUGCUGAUCAUGUCACAGUUUUCCUUCUGAAGGGACUGAGAAAACAGUGGAAGCAACCGAUUGCUUACACUAUCAGUAGUGGUCCUAUAAAGAGCGCUCUUCUGAAGAACACUGUGACAGAGGUUAUUAGGAAAUGUCAACAUGUUGGUCUGAAAGUUUUUUGCACUGUGUGUGACCAAGUAGAUGCAAAUUCGGCUGUAAUCAAUGGUCUUUUGAAAGAGAGGAGAGCAUAUUGCCUUAAAAGAGAAUUAGAUGAUAAUAAUUUUGGGUUUAUUGUGAAUAAUGAGGAA